AUGCUUUACUUUACUGCAGACUCCCUCCCUCUCCCAGAGCUGCUGUUCAUCAACAAUGAGUUUGUUGCCUCCAAGAGCGCAGAGCGCUAUCAUUUUCACUAUCUUCGUCUUCGUGUGUGCACGAUCUCUGAACUCGGAACUAAAAGAACGCUGAUACGGCGGGGCGCCUCCUGUAGACUUACCCUGAUUGAUCCCACGUCUGGUUCUGUGGUGUCCCAGAAGGUGCCUAUCGCCAACGAAGCAGAUGUCGAGGCGGCUAUCGUUGCAGUCGAAGCGGCCUUUCCGCUCUGGAAGAAGGUCUUGCCGCGCGAGCGCCAGCGUAUGCUGCUCAGAUUGGCCGAGUUGAUGCGGAAGAACUCGCAGCGGCUGGCCGAACUCAGCCGCCUCACCUUGGGGUCGCCGUAUCGGUCAUUUGGCGAGUUCGAAAUCACCCUCGGCGCCGACUGCUUCGACUACUUUGCCGGCUGGACCGACAAGUUCGCUGGCGAGUCCUUCCCGCAGGAGGACGGGAUUCUCAAGAUCGUCAGGAACGAACCGCUUGGAGUGACGGCUGGCAUCUGUCCUUGGAACUCGCCCUGCGCGACCAUCGGGAUGAAGGCUGCAGCGGCCCUGGCGACCGGGAACUGUUUCAUCCUGAAGCCUUCUGAAAAGACUCCUUUCGCGGCCCUUGCCCUCGGCGAGUUGGUCCGCGACGCCGGGUUCCCCCCAGGUGUCUUCCAGGUCCUCUCCGGCGACGGAUCGACAGGCGCUCUACUUGCGUCGCACAUGAGAGUCAGCAAAAUCAGCUUCACUGGUUCCGUCAACACCGGCAAGAAAAUCAUGGAAAUGGCGGCGAAAAGCAACCUGAAGAGAGUCACGCUGGAACUCGGCGGCAAGUCGCCAGCUAUUGUCUUCGACGAUGCAGACAUAGCGAACGCCGUGCAGUGGUGUUCGAGUGCCAUCGUGGCAAACACCGGGCAGGUUUGUUUCGCCGCUUCUCGGGUAUAUGUUCACGAAGCAGUCUACGAGGAAUUUACCCAGGAGUACCUUCGGGUAAUGGCUGAAAAGGCAAAGGUUGUUGGGAGCCCUGAUGACCCGAUCAUGGAGAUUGGACCCCUUGUGGACGCGGCCCAUUUUGAGAGAGUUGCAGAAUUUAUCGAACGGGGUCAGAGCGAUACAGGUAAACUCGUGGUGGGUGGCAAGAAGCUGGGCAAGGAUGGUUACUUCAUCGAGCCUACUGUGUUUGUCGACGUGGACACCGGCUCCGAAAUCCACAAUGAGGAGAUUUUUGGUCCGGUGGCGAUCGUCAACCGCUUCAAGGAUGAGGAUGAGGUCGUCCGUAUUGCAAACUCAACCAGGUAUGGCUUGAUGGCUGGCGUCUUCACUGAGAACAUCACCAGAGCCCUGAGAGUGUCUUCAGAGCUGGAUUCAGGUAUGGUUGGCAUCAACUGUGUCAGCAUGCUGUGUGUUCAAGCCCCAUUUGGCGGGACUAAAGAAUCUGGAAUCGGUCGAGAAUGUGGCAUGGCGGCUUUGCGGGCCUUUACCGAAACCAAGACCAUCAUGGUCAACAUGUCCUACGGACAGCAUAAAAGAUAA